AUGGGGACACAUUCUUCCCAUGUCUCCUCCACGUCAUCCUAUGUUUCCCCGUGUCUCUCCCCGCCCCCAUGUUCACAUAUCACGACACGUUCUUUCCAUGUUUCCCCGUGUUCUUUGCGUGUUUUCCGCUGCUCUUUCCGUGUUUCCCCGUGUCCUUUCCACGCUUCCUCAAGUCCUUCCCAUGUCCUUUCCCAUGUCGUUCCCAUGUCCUUCCCAUGUCCUUCCCAUGUCCUUCCCAUGUCCUUCCCAUGUCCUUCCCAUGUCCUUCCUAUGUCCUUCCCAUGUCCUACCCAUGUCCUUCCCAUGUCCUUCCCAUGCCUUUCCCAUGUCGUUCCCAUGUCCUUCCCAUGUCCUUCCCAUGUCCUUCCCAUGUCCUUCCUAUGUCCUUCCCAUGUCCUUCCCAUGCCCUUCCCAUGUCCUUCCCAUGUCCUUCCCAUGUCCUUCCUAUGUCCUUCCCAUGUCUCUCCCAUGUCCUUCCAAUGUCCCUCCCAUGUCCUUCCCAUGUCCUUCCCAUGCCCUUCCCAUGUCCUUCCCAUGUCCUUCCCAUGUCCUUCCCAUGUCCUUCCAAUGUCCCUCCCAUGCCUUCCCAUGUCCUUCCCAUGUCCUUCCCAUGUUCUUCCCAUGUCCUUCCCAUGCCCUUCCCAUGUCCUUCCCAUGUCCUUCCCAUGCCCUUCCCAUGUCCUUCCCAU